GAGCUCUAGGCACCUCCCUUCCCUGCAGCCUCUGAGAAAGGGGAGUAUUAAAGGGCCCUUGGUCCUUGUGGUCCGUCUGACCAAGAUGCUGCGGCUGCUGAUCCCCGUUCUGCUUGUGGCUGGUGCCCAUGGGUGUGGGAUACCCACCUACUCCCCCCACACAAGGGUGGUGAACGGAGAGGAUGCCGUGCCGUACAGCUGGCCCUGGCAGAUCUCCCUGCAGUACGAGAAGGACGGUGCUUUCUACCACACUUGCGGGGGGACCCUCAUCGCUCCCACAUGGGUCAUGACGGCUGCGCACUGCAUCUCUAAAUCCCGCACCUACGAGGUGGUGCUGGGGGAGUACGACAGGAGCGUAGCAGAGGGCUCUGAGCAGCGCAUCCCGGUGAAUCCUGAGGACAUCUUCGUCCAUCCUCGCUGGAACUCCAUCUGCGUGGCCUGUGGCAAUGACAUCGCCCUGCUCAAGCUGUCCCGGAAGGCCGAGCUGAGUGACACAGUGCAGCUGGGCUGCCUCCCGCCCGCAGGCGAGGUCCUGCCCAACGACUAUCCCUGCUACAUCACUGGCUGGGGGCGCCUCUACACUGGCGGGUCCCUCCCUGAGAAGCUGCAGCAGGCUCUGCUCCCGGUGGUGGACUAUGCACACUGCACCCAGCCUGACUGGUGGGGCAGCAUCGCUAUCAGAGACAGCAUGGUCUGCGCUGGCGGGGACAUCAGAUCAGGCUGCAACGGUGACUCUGGUGGCCCCCUUAACUGCAAGGCCUCUGAUGGGAGAUGGCAGGUGCAUGGCAUCGCCAGCUUUGUCUCUUCCCUUGGCUGCAACGCCUUAAAGAAACCCACCGUCUUCACCCGCGUCUCCGCCUUCGAUGACUGGAUUGCAGAGGUGAGACCCCAGCCAUGUUACUGUGUGAGCAGUGGGAGUGAGUCUGCUGCUGGGGAGGGCCAGGGAGAAAUCUCAUGGCCAGGCAGGGGGUCCUGGGAGGUCACCCAGAGUAAAUGGACAGGACAGGGGCCCCCAGACGGACAAUGUUUGGGGGCUCUCUCCAUGAACAGAAUUUGAGUGGUGUCCUCCUGGGGCUCUGAGCCGAGAUCAGUGCCACAGGCCUCAUCCAGAGAUCACAGCCAGCUGUCCCGCACACAGCACUGAGCACGCGGGGCCCCUCGGAGCAUGUGACGUCACCUUUGGUCCCCCUUGUGCCUCACCUCUUCCGGCAGCUGGAAACUCAGACGCAGCCCAUGUCACUGUAGCGCAAAAUAAGGAACAGCUGAGUCUGGCCUGCAAAGGGGUUUCUGUAAGAUCUGGAGCCUGGAAGAGCUGGUCUCAGCACAGCAGAUACUGGAGGCAAAGUAGCUCGGAUGUGCUUCUCCACUGACACACGUGUGAUGACCCAGAGCCGCAAGCAGGAUGCUUGGUGGCCUGCAGCACCACCCGGCUCCAGGGAUGGUUUGAGACAGAACAUCUGGCUUGGCUGUGGCUGUGAGCUCUGUCCUGCAGUGAGCCGGGGCUGGAGGCAGGCAGAGGGAGGUGUUGGGGGGGCGGGGGGGGCAGCAUGGCCUAGUGGCUGAAGCAUGCACCUGCAAACUGGAGUUGUUGCACUGUAAUCCCAGCUCUGGUGCCCUGUGCUCUGGUUGACCCUUUGGGCCGGAUUUGGAUUUCACUGCUCCCAGUGGCGGAGUUCCUCUGGAGUCAGGGCCAGGCUCCACUUUCAGUUACACCAGUGCCUCUGCUGCAGCGAGUGGCAUGACUGUCUGGAUUUACACCCGUGUAACUCAGGGCACAAACCGGCUCAGAUGAACUCGACAAGUGUCAAACCAGCGUCACUGAGAGCAGGCCUGGGCCUUUGGGGCCUCAGUUUUCCUAGCAGAUGGUUUGGGGGGCAACCAUUUCCCCUUCCUUGUUGGAAUGCAGCGAGAAGGGCAGACUGUGUCAGGCAAGGGCCUGGACCUGGGUAACCUCUGGCGCGUGGCGGGGAGUGUGAGCCAUGCCCAUGUGCUGUGGCACUGGACACCCCCACCCCAAACGGCGGGUCCUGGCCAGUGGGUCGUAGGAAGGGUCUGGGCCCCCCGCGCUCUCAUUUCCCCUGGGCGGCGGCAGCAGCGUGGACGAAGCACAUCUGAGGCACCUUCCAGAUGGGGAGAGGCUGCGGACUCUCCGCUUGCUGGCUCUGGCCACUUCCUCCAUGUGCCUGCUGCGCAGGGGAUGUGAGAGCAGGGCCAGGGCAGCAGCCACAGCAUGGAGGAAGCGGCUGGAGCCAGCGAAUGGACAGUCAGCAGCUGGGUAGCGAUUUGUGGCCUGGCCGCAGCGGCUCACCGGGGUCUGCAGGACUGGGAGAGCGAGAGCUGGGGGGCUGGGGAGAGAAAGGGGAGCAGGAGGCUGAAGGGCUCAGAAGGGGAAGGGAGGGGAGAACAGGGGCUGGAGGACUGAGCAGGGGUGGGGGAGCUGCACAGGGGCAAUGGUGACAAAAUGCAGUUGUCGGGUUGUCUUAGUAAAAAGUCUGGGAGCUGCUGGCCUAGAGGUGGAGGCUGAUGAUCCUGCUCCAGCCUUGGCUAAGGGAAGCGGCUUUUUUAGCUCAGGCACUAGAGGUUGCUGGGUUAGUUAUGAUCCUGAGGUCCCAGGUUCGAGCCACUCAGGGGCAUCACGUUACACAUGCACAGGGCUUCAAGCCCCGAGAAUAUGAUUUCUGCUGUAGUUUAUUGUAUCCUGCCGUGAUAUACUUUGGUUUGCUUUUCUUUCAGACCAUCGCUAAUAACGCAUGAUAAGCUGAAAGAGCCACAUCUCAGAGAAACUUUCCUGGGCAGAUAAUAAAACAAUUGUAGAAA